GCCCGGCGAAAGAUAAACGUUCAGACCUCAAGGUUUUUGUGCCACUGUGUGGCAAGUCGGCAGAUGUUCACUGGUUAUCAACGCUUGGAUAUCAAGUGCUUGGUGUCGAAUGCAGUGAGAUUGCAGUAAAAGCUUUCUUCGAAGAACAAAACAUCCAACAUA